AGCACAGCUAGAGACUCAGUCGCUUCAAGCUCUCUGUGGGAUUAAGGAUGGCACACAAGCAGCAGCCCCUGUACCUGCAUCUGGCAGAACUAACCGCUUCACAAUUCCUGGAUAUAUGGAAGCACUAUGACUCAGACGGAAAUGGGUACAUUGAGGGUAACGAACUGGAGAACUUCUUCCAGGAGCUGGAGGCAGCGAGGCGAGGUGCUGGGGUGGAAGGCUCCAGUGUCAACAUUGGGGAGAAAUUGAAAGAAUUUAUGCAGAAAUAUGACAAGAACGCAGACGGACGCAUUGAAAUGGCAGAGCUUGCACAGAUUCUGCCCACUGAAGAGAAUUUCCUGCUUUGCUUCAGGCAGCAUGCUGGAUCAAGCAUCGAGUUCAUGGAGGCCUGGAGGAAAUAUGACACAGACAGGAGUGGUUACAUAGAAGCCAACGAGUUAAAGGGUUUUCUGUCAGAUCUUUUGAAAAAAGCAAAUCGACCAUUUGAUGAAAAGAAGCUUCAAGAAUACACUCAGACUAUUCUUCGCAUGUUUGACCUGAACGGUGAUGGGAAAUUGUGCUUAUCUGAGAUGUCAAGGUUGCUUCCCGUGCAAGAGAAUUUCUUGCUGAAAUUUCAGGGCAUGAAACUGAGUUGUGACGAGUUUAAUGCCAUAUUCAACUUUUAUGAUAAGGACAGGAAUGGUUAUAUUGAUGAGAACGAACUGGAUGCUUUACUCAAAGAUUUCUUUGAAAAGAAUAAAAAGGUUGUGAACAUUCAGAGUCUCACUGGGUAUCGGCAGAGUAUCAUGUCUCUUUGUGACGGGGGUCGAUUGUACCGUAAAGAACUGGAGAUUGUACUCUGCAAUGAUUCUUCCUCUCUCAAGUAAUGGGUGGCCCUUUCAGCCUUCACAAUCAGCACUGCACUGAGUUCCUUUACCUUGGUCCACCUUACCACUGAGUGACCGGAGGAGAGAGUACUGAGUGUGAGAGGUGAGCAGUCUGUAUUAGAAAGAGAAAUUGCGUGUACUGUUUAUAAGAGAUUGUGUACUGAGUGUGUGUCAGUGUGUACCU